UCUUCUGAUUCAGAUUAAUCCACCAAUACCUUCUUCCAUAAUCUCCCAAAUGUCUUCUUCAACCUCCAGGUUGUUAAACUAAGUCGAGAUUUGGGAGAUUUGAUUCAGAUUAAGGAACGAUGAUGAAUCAUUUGGUGAUAACACUGUCUCUGUUCUUGAGCUCAGUGUUGUUAUUAAACAGAGGAGAAGCAGGAAUCACAAGUAGUUUUAUUCGAUCUGAAUGGCCAGCUGUUGAUAUACCACUAGACCAUCAUGUUUUCAAAGUACCAAAAGGGUAUAAUGCUCCACAACAAGUUCGUAUAACUCAAGGUGAUUAUGAUGGUAAAGCUGUUAUCAUCUCUUGGGUUACACCUGAUGAGCCUGGUUUUGGUAAAGUUCAUUACGGUACGGUUCAAGGGAAGUAUGAGUUUACUGCUCAUGGGACUUACUCUAACUACACGUUUUAUAAAUAUAAGUCUGGCUUUGUUCAUCACUGCCUUGUUUCUGGCCUUGAGUAUGAUACAAAAUACUAUUACAAGAUUGAAAGUGGUGAAGCUUCUAGGGAGUUUUGGUUUGUUACACCACCACAUGUACAUCCAGAUGCUUCUUACAAGUUUGGUAUUAUAGGCGAUAUGGGCCAAACAUUCAACUCGUUAUCUACAUUAGAGCACUAUAUGCAGAGUGGAGCUCAAGCUGUGUUAUUUCUUGGAGAUCUUUCUUAUGCUGACAGAUAUCAGUAUAAUGAUGUUGGUGUGAGAUGGGACAGCUGGGCUCGUUUUGUGGAGCCUAGUACCGCUUAUCAGCCGUGGCUCUGGUCUGCAGGAAAUCAUGAAGUUGAUUACAUGCCUUACAUGGGGGAAGUGACACCUUUCAAGAACUACCUUCAACGUUACACUACACCCUACUUAGCCUCAAGAAGUACCAAUCCUCUCUGGUAUGCUGUUAGGCGUGCGUCCGCUCACAUCAUUGUCCUCUCCAGCUAUUCACCAUUUGUGAAGUAUACCCCACAAUGGCACUGGCUUAGUGAAGAGCUUAAAAGAGUUGACAGGGAGAAAACUCCUUGGCUAAUUGUUUUGAUGCACGUCCCAAUUUACAACACUAAUGAAGCGCACUUCAUGGAGGGUGAAAGCAUGCGAGCAGCUUUUGAAAAGUGGUUCGUCGAAUACAAAGUUGAUGUCAUCUUUGCUGGGCAUGUUCAUGCCUACGAGAGAUCGUACCGAAUAUCGAAUGUGCGCUAUAAUGUGUCAAGCGGGGAUUGUAACCCAGUUCCAGAUAAGUCGGCUCCAGUUUAUAUCACAGUUGGAGAUGGAGGAAAUCAAGAAGGCCUGGCGGCAAUGUUUAGGGAACCACAGCCAGAUUAUUCUGCAUUUAGAGAAGCUAGCUACGGCCACUCGACUCUGGAUAUAAAGAACCGUACACACGCGAUAUACCACUGGAACCGCAAUGAUGAUGGAAAGAAAGUAGCAACUGAUGAAUUUGUGUUACACAACCAGUACUGGGGAAAGAACAUUCGACGAAGAAAGCUUAAGAAGCAUUAUAUUAAGAGUGUUGUGGGUGACAGGAUUGCCAAUUGAUUCUCUAAGAUGCCCCAUGCUCUCUAUAACAGUGUGUGUUAAGAUUCACCAAAUCUUGAUUACUUAUUAUUAAACAAGCUUAUAAUAUUAUGUUACUUUUCAUUCCCGCUAAGUUUGUUGCCAUUCGGAAUAUGAAGGCCAUUGGAAUUAUGUAUUCUUUCAGUCUUUUGAGCUAUGACAUCUACGUCUGGGAUUUUAGAUUUGUGAAUAAUGUGUUGAAUCAA